GUCCACGGAUGACGAGGAUAGCGACGAUGAUGAGCUCGAGAAGUGGGAAGAACGGCUGAUGAAGCUUGAGGGGGCGACCACCAAGGAGCUCGACCCAAAGGCCCGACAGGCUCCUCACUUGGUCACCAAGGCGCGACCGGUCCCUUAUCAGCUGGUGAUCCCCACCUACCAACGCUGGAUGCCAGUUUGCCAGAUGAGCAACAAGAAGAGGUUCAAAGGGUGCAAGUCUGCAUUCAUCCUGGUGCACACCCUGGCGAUGUUGUCCAGACAGCGGAUUCCCAAGCAUCGUGUGACGCUCUUCGUGGCCAACGAGACCGAAAGGAAAAACUACAGGGAUGCGCUGGUCGGUAGUGAGUGGGAGAAUGUGCGCAUCGAGCUUUCUGUGAAGGGCAACAAGGAGUCCCGAAACUUUAUCAUGAAGUUUUUCCCAGCCGGCACAUACGUCGUCAGCAUAGAUGAUGACGUCGAGAGGAUCAGCUGGAAGAUUCGGGAGGGUAUGACGCCUUGUGUGCUGCGGACGCUCCCGCCGGGCAGCUUGGAGAAGGUCAUUUUCGAUGCAUACCGGCAGAUGAAAGCACACAAGGCCUACCUCUGGGGAGUAAGCACUUCGCAGAAUGCCCGGCACAUGAAGGUCUAUGGCUUGUCGAAGCGGAACGGCCUCGUCAACGGCUAUCUGAACGGGUACAUCAGCCGACCCAAGUGCAAGGGACUAUUCCGCACCCUCACCGAUGCCACCGAAGAUUCGGAGUUUGCUGUGCGACACUACGCGAAGGAUGGUGUGGUGCUGCGCUAUCGUAUGUACGCCGGCAUCACCAGUCCCUACCUCAAUCGAGGCGGGCUGCAGAAGAAGUUCGAAGCGAGUGGGGAGCGUAUCACAGCCGAACAGCGGGGUGAAGCCCGGAAGAAGGAGGAACGCUGGGGUGCAAUGGAGCUUCACAAGAUGUUCCCGCAGCUCGUGGGACCUCCCAAGAAGCGUCGGGACAAGAAGACCAUGGAGGUGAACUUUCACAGCAUGGGCUAUCCGCCAGGCGAGGGAGGCAAAAGGAAGCGCAUUGCCCCUCGAUUCAUGGAUGCUGACCUGAUCCGCUACAGACCUGAGAACCCGAAACUGUGGGGAUGCCAUGCCUACAAGCUCUACGAGAGCUACAAGAGAUCAAAGACACUGCGAGAGGCCGUGCGGCUCGGCGCGAGGCCCAUCGACUUGGCCCACGACUACAAUUGGGGCUUUCUCACAGUCCGGCGCUUAUCUUUGAACUUGCCAUGGGAGGUGGAGAUCAAGGAGCGACCUCCUCCUGCGCAGCGGGUUGGCUUCAAGUGGGCCCAGAAGCCUCGCAAGAAGGAGGAGGAGAUAUUCCACAAAAUCGACGAUUCCAUCUGCCGAGUGCGCAUCAAGGACAUGAGCUUGGGUCAUCAAGGCCUCACAUUGCCAAAGAAAACGCUGAUACCACUGGCGCGACGGGUGCCACAGCACUUCCGGAAGCUUGAGCUGAACGACUUGACGAAGGAGGACGGUCCGUUGAGCUCGGUUCCCAUGGUGGUUCUACGAUCUUUGCUGCGCUGGAUUUCCACUGGCAGCCUGCGAUACUUGCGCAAGAACACCAAGGCCAUUCUGAGUUGGCAACCUUGA